UAUAUUAUAAGGGAGAUGGCGAUAAGAGGCCACGUGAGCCUCCAAGGAUUCAGUGUCCCCACAGGUACCGCCAGUCUUGACCUCGGUGUGGCCGUGUCACAGGAAGCCGGGGAUACUAUUUCGGAGUUUCUGUGUGACCAGAAGUUCAGCGAUGAAGAGAACCUGCCGGAAAAGCUCGCAGCCUUCAAAGAGAAGUACAUGGAGUUUGACCUGAACAACGAGGGCGAGAUUGACCUGAUGUCUUUAAAGAGGAUGAUGGAGAAGCUCGGGGUCCCCAAGACCCACCUGGAGAUGAAAAAGAUGAUCUUGGAGGUGACAGGUGGGGUCAGUGACACCAUCUCCUACCGUGACUUUGUGAACAUGAUGUUGGGGAAGCGGUCGGCUGUGCUCAAGCUAGUCAUGAUGUUCGAAGGAAAAGCCAACGAGAGCAGCCCCAAGCCAGUUGGUCCCCCUCCGGAGAGAGACAUUGCCAGCCUGCCCUGAGGACCCCCCUCUGCACCUGUCCCCGUUCCUCCCCUCCCGAUCUUGCUGCCCUUCUUGACUCAUUGUGAUUUGUCUUCUUUGUUUUGUGUGGUCGUUGUGUGUUUGUUUAUUUUUUAAUCAGCAGAACCGGUGAUCACUUUGUAAAGCACAAAUUAUCUGCCGUAAAGGGGCUCUGGGUCGGGGAGUUCUGAGCCUUCGAACCCUCCCUCUGUUCUUCUUUCCUUCCCCCUUCUCUGUGCAGAGGGGUUGACGUCAAACCAAAACCUGGAGGGGGACGGGCCAGGACAGGAGUCUGGAAGGCUGUGGUCCUCCUGUUUGGAGCUGGAGCUAGUCUGUCCUUCUAGAGUCUUGGAGCUAAGUCCAGGCUUGCUGGCCUGGCCCUGAUGAGGACCACAGCCCACUCUCAGAAGUCCCUGGAGUAGGAACAAGGGUUUCCUUGGACAGCUCUGUGGUUCAGAGCUCUUAAGUUGUCUUGGGCAUGGCCACUCAGUGUCCCAUCUCCCCAGCUGAUCCUGUUUAAGAAGGUUCCAGAAGGAAUCCUCAGGCCUUGCCUGCAGCCAUACCUUUAUGGGCAGCUCAGAGGGAAGGUGCAGCCCCCUUGUCCUUUGCUGGGGCAGCAGAGGGCUUUGGGGGUAGAAGGGAGGUGAGGGGCUUCGGGAGGGGUGUCAGUUCAGUCUGGUGUCACUUUUUGGGGAGGAUGCUGAGAGCAGCAGGAUGGGAAAAGGAGGAAGAGAGUGCUCAUGGUGACAAGUUAGCACCACUAGUAAGCCAAGAGCUGAGAAAUAGAAGGUUGCCUUUCUGAUCCCAAUCUGCUUGAAACCUGACUGUGCUCCCAUGUUUGCCUUACCAGCUUACUCAUUCCAUUCAUUCACUCACACAUUCAUUCAUUCACUCAUGCCCUCACAUAGUCAUUCAACAGAUAUUUAUUGACCACCUAUUAUAAGCUUUAAGCCUCCCCACUUUGUCCUGACAUGUGCCUGUCUUCUAAUUCACUUCUCCAUCCCAAAACUUUGAGCUUGAGGAGUGGAUUGGGUUCCCUUAGGAUGGACUCCCCGAGUUUUAGAGCCCUGAUCCGCUCUGUAGGUUAGCUGGCCAGACCUCCCAUUUCACAGGUGAGCAAACUGUGGUGCUCACAGGGAUUUAAGUGCCUUGCCAAGGGGUCCGUCGGGAGACGGAAGUCUGGACUGGAGCCCAGGUGUUUGGAGGCCAUGCCCAAUGCCUCAUCUCUGUUCUGGGCUGUCUCAGUCAGUGAGGCAAAUGAGAGAAGGUGCAGGGAGGGGAAAUCUCAUCCUCCCCAGUGGCUCCAGGUCAAUACUAGGGUUUGGGUAAGGGCCGGGCUCUGCGGUUCUGCCUUCCCUGGAGGGUCUCUGCCAAGCCAUUUCUCAGAACUCAUGCAGAAAGAUGUCACGCUCAGCCCCAUCUUGGCUGAGCAGGGACCCCAGCCUUGACCCCAUCUGUUCUGGAGUCCCUUAUGCCACCACUCAGGACUCAUCCAUUGAAUAUUAAAUACCUGCUGUGGGCCAAGAGCUAAGAACGCAGACGUGAAAUGGACAGACUCAUAGAAUUUAGAAUCCAGUGGGGCGGUCAGACCCAGACAACGGCCAGUGAGGUGAAUGUUAAGACAGAGAGGACUCUGCAGGGACUGCGCUGCAAUCCUGGGCCUAAGACUGAGCAAGAGUCUUGGAGAAGUCCUCACCAAUCCUUAAGUGGAAAUGUCUGGGUGCUGUUGGAGGUGAGAGCCAGUGUGGGCUCCCUGCAGCUCCUAGUGCCCCAUAAUCAAGGGCACUUAGAGCAGCUUGGGGGAGGGUAGCAAGUAGGGGAUGGGGAAAUGCCCGGCUGGGUUAAUCCACUGGUCUCAACCAGUUCAGGAGCAAGAUUAUUUGGCCAUGACUGGCUGAUCUUCAGCCUAAGGAGCUGUCUCAAAUGCACAAGCCUAGUUGAAGUUUAACCCCCUGCAAAACAGUUCUCCCUGCAAAUGUAAAAUCUCACUCCUCCAUCACCUCCUCUGCCUUUUUCCCCACACCCCCCUACCCUGGAGAUCAUCAAUGAACGACUGCCUCUCUCCACCCCUCCCCACUGGCCUCUCUUCUCUGGGAUAGCCUGAGACCUUUGAGCAAGGUAAUACCUUCCUUAACUCCCCAUUAUAGUCAGUGUAGCUUCCUAGCUAAAGACAGCAGAAGCAAUCAGGCUUACUUUAGUAGGUUCAGCAGUUUCCAAGACUGCAGGAAGCUGCCUUUACAGGAGGGGAGCAAGUAGGCGUGUCCCAGCUUCUGGAAAGGAGAGGGGGAAAAAGUUCUCUUUGGAUGGGGAGCAUCCUGGGAAACACCACCAGUCCCCCCAAAGUGGUAAAAGUGGUCCCUGGACGGGUGGGGGGGGUGCGCAUGUCUUUCAGAUUGUGGCUAUUGGCUCUAGGACUUUUCUGGCUAAGGGCUCAGCUUCUUAGAACUUCAGCUGUCUUUUUUCUGAAAGACCAAAUCUAACUAAUGCAACCAGCAGCUUGGGGACUGCCAAGCAUGGCUUUGUCCCUGUGACUCAAAAGGAAGGAGUUUGCCGGGCAAUUCGGGUGGAUGAAGUGUGCGUGCGUGUGUGUACGCAUGUAAGUGUGCGUGGUGCUGGAUAUCACCUCCACGGACUAGAAAUAAAACAGACAAACUUA